AUGAAAUCCAGCCCAGGUUGAUAACCCAAAAAUAUCAGUAAUGAUUUUGGAUUUAAACUUACACAGGUUUUUCCACGAUUUCUGAUGACAUUGUUGUCAUUAAAUUGCAAUUAUUGCAUUUAAUAUUAUGAGGCUGACGUGCAUGGUUCUUCAACAUAUCACUGCCAAUGUCGAUCAGUUGGUGUGCUUAAUGUCCAGAGUUGUAUUUGAAUAAUUCUAAGUGGACAAGUAUGACUCAGAUGGCUAUAUUGUUACAGUAAUUUUUUAGGAAUGGCAAACUAAGGGAAGACAAACGCAGGAGUCGUGCGGCAGGACCAAAAACUAUAAUGUGAAGGCCUAGGAGACAGCUGGUACUGUUGGAAACUACAAUGUCCUUGUUUACUUCAAUUCUAUGCUCUUACACUUAAAAUCUUGUAAUUGCAUGCUUAAGCUGCCUUGUUGCCUUGGUUCCCAUAGGAGAUAAACUUUUAAGUAAAGGAAACCAACCUUGAGAACUUCAUCAAUCACAUCUAGCCAUCAAGGCUGCAAUGAACAAUGUUCAUGCAUGACAAACAAUGAUCAAGGGCACAACUAUAAGUACCUGAUUCAGUGGUGCUAAUCAGCACAGAAAGCACAAAUCAUCCAUUCCAUUACAUAUUCAAUUUGUUGGAAGGAAAUAUAUACAAGUAGUACCAUGGCCUCAGCCUUGCUAAAUGCAGUUCUUUUUGUGACAUUUUUUGCAUUGGUCACAGCAAGUGAUCCAAAUAUCAUCACAGACUUUGAAAUCCCAGCAAACUCUUCAACAAAAAUUGGUGGGGAUUUCUUCACCUUCACCGACCUGCGAGGCUUCUUUGAUAGAGCCUAUCCACCAAACUCCAAGGUGACAAAAGCUAGUUUGGCAGAGUUCCCAGCUCUUAAUGGUCAGAGUGUUUCCUUUGCUACCCUUGAGUACCCGGCAGGUACAAUCAACCCACCUCACACCCAUCCACGUUCUGCUGAGCUCCUUUUCGUUGUCGAUGGAAGCCUUGAGGUCGGCUUCAUUGACACCACAAAUAAACUUUACACUCAGACUCUUCAACUUGGUGACAUGUUUGUGUUCCCUAAGGGACUUGUGCACUAUCAGUCCAAUGCCAAUGCCAAGAACCCAGCCACAGCUAUCUCUGCCUUUGGUAGUGCAAAUGCUGGCACUGUGUCUGUGCCAUCAACCGUGUUUGCUACUGGCAUUGAUGAUAACAUCCUUGCCAAGGCUUUUAAAACUGAUAUUGGUACUAUCCAGAAGAUCAAAGCAGGUCUCGCCGUGAAGGGAUAACGUGAUCCUAGUCUUGCUAUUCUAGCUAUAUCGAUUUAGUUAUUUCUUCUACCUGAUUCUUUUUCCUUUUCUUCAUUUGAGUGUCUUCUGCAAAGAAAGAAUGAGUGUUGUUGUAAUAAAACGUUUGCAGCCUGGUUCUGCUUGAUUUUAAUAUCAACUACACAAAACAGUUCUCAUAAAA